ACUUCAAGAAAUCCAUUGAGAAGGUGCUGAGCACAAGAAGGGGAAAAGCCAGCAUGGCAGCAGACAGCAGCGUGGCUCCUGAAGAAAAGCCGAGCGCUGCUCCUGUGAAAAGGGCUGUCCACAAGAUCCGAAUGGCCAGCCAGGUCUUCAGUUUGGCGCGAGGUUGGCAGCAGUGGGCAUCUGAUCACUAUGAAAAGCAAGAGCAAGAGCCCUCUGGGUGGGCCCCCACUGCAGAAGACUCAUCAGCUCAGCCUAUACAAGAAAGUUCCUUCAAAAAAUGGCAAAUUCCAUCUGUCAAGAGGGAUCAAGGAAAAGACGAUGAAAAAUCCUUGGUGACAAUAAGAGAUGCUGAAAAAAAAUCAAGGGAAUCAGAUGAAGCCCUCAAAAUGUUCAACAUUAAAAGCAAAGAGGUGACCAAAACCGUUGUCAGCAAAGCCUACGAACGAGGAGGAGAUGUCAGCCUCCUCAGUGAAAGAUAUGAGAAUAACAACAGCAGCUCAGAAAUGACCAAGCUCAAAGAAGAAUCAAGUGCUAUUGACAAAAUUCUUAGUGGCAAAUUAUCUCCAACCAUAAGGAGAAAGUGUUCAACUAUGGUAUCAGAUCUGACCAAGAGCUGGGAGCAUAUGGAACAAGAGGACAAAGAGGUAUCUAAGAAAGACCUGCUACUUAAGUGUCGUGAUGACAGCCUGGAUGCCCAGGACAGUGGCUAUGGGGAGGCAGAGGACAAACCCGAGCAGGAAGACAGUGACCGAGAGGUGACGGCUGUGAAGAUUAAACGUCCUGUACCAUCUCUAGCAAGCAGGCUGAGCGAAGAGGCCCGUGCCAACUCCCGCAGGAAGCACAGCGCCGUUCACAGCCUGAAGGACAAGUGGCAGGAAUGGGCCGACCAGCACAUCAUAACGCAGAAGCUGAACCCUUUCAGUGAGGAAUUUGACCACGAGCUGGCCAUGUCCACUCGCCUGCACAAAGGAGAUGAAGGAUAUGGCCAUCCAAAGGAAGGAACCAAAACUGCUGAAAGAGCCAAGAGAGCAGAGGCACAUAUCCAUCGGGAGAUCAGGGACAUGUGCUUCAUCAUCGAAUCAAUGGCUCGGCCACGGCCCGACGGCAAGAUCCAAGUUACUUUUGGGGAACUCUUUGAGAGAUAUGUUCGUAUUUCAGAUAAGGUUGUUGGGAUUCUGAUGAGAGCCAGGAAACAUGGGCUGGUGGACUUUGAGGGAGAAAUGUUAUGGCAAGGAAGGGAUGAUAAUGUCAUAAUUACUUUAUUAAAAUAAGCAAACCAGAACAACUUUUGGAAAACUUUUCUCCUCUUCUCCCUUGCUAUUAGCAUUUGCACAUGCCAGAUCAGAAGUUGCAUGACAAUAUAAACUCAGACCAAGUUUUUGAUCUGUGGAAGUGAUCUUGUGCAUGUAUUUCCUAAUUAAUUCAUUUAAAUGCCUAUAAAAUUAUUUUAUUUUAAUAUAGAAUCAAGGGUAUCACAUUUGUUUUACAAGCGGGAUAUGCAACUACUACUGCAGUAUUAUCUUGGGACAGCUAUUGACACAGCAUUCUCUUACAUAUCACAUACAAAAUCCUUCUUUUUAUAAAUGGGGUUUUAUAUAUUUAUUGUAUUUAUAUAACUAAUUUAUUAGGUAGUUUCAUAUUUGGAGUUAUGAAUGUUGGAAUGUAAUGAAUAAAAAUGUUUUAACUAGAUAGACACUUAGAAAAUGCCUUCUAUGCAACAUUGUGCAAUGUAUCAUCUGAUUAUCUAUAUUGAUACAGUUCUUAUAAACAGGGGAAAAUAGUA